AUGGCACCUUCAACGCUCCCAUACAACCUAGUCAGCGUCUUGCAACUGUAUAAGAAGGACACAGACUCCGUUGCCGGUUGGCUUGCGUCAAAGGCAAAUCACUAUGGCUACAAGUCACAGACAGCCGAGCCCAACGAUAAGGAAGCUCAGAACAAACCUUCCGGCCGCCUCAAGGGAAAGGCUCGUAAGGAGGCAAAGAGCCAGGCUACUGAAACUAAGGAUAAGACCGAUCAAAAGUAUAUUAUCGCCUUAAAGGACUAUGUCCCUAUGGCCAAAUUCAUUGCCGCGCAUCGGAAGCCUACUAUCCCGGUGCCAGUGACGUUAUUUAAUACAAUUGGCCGAGUCAUCGACCGGAGAUCUUCGUUUAGAGCUCAAAUGGUAAAGCACGGAAUUGAGGUUGAUGAAAAUGCCAACCAAAACCAUCUUCACUUCAUCCGUAUCAUGGAAACAGUCCGAGAAACCUUGCGGCCCAAUAUGAAAGAAGUCGGCAAGCAAAAGUCAGCCGAACCAGCUGAGCCAAGAAACAUUAUCGAAGGGUUCAAUUUGCUCUCGGUGCAAGAGCCAUCCCGUGAGUUCUUGAACGCUCUCGACGUCGAGCGCCCCCAACAGAUGCCGGAAGACAACGCCACAUACCAGGCAGAAGACCAAGAUUCCUUGGACGAUGCCUUAGUCAAUUGGAACUUCCUGAUGGUGGAAGCUGAGAUCAUCCGAAAUCAGAUCGCAUGGGUUUGGAAAGGCCAUCGUGACGGCCAGUUCGAUCUCUCAGUUGCUGGAGUGAUCACGGAUACCGGAAUCCAUAUGGUAGAGAGACUUGUGGGCCGGUCAUUCAGACUCUUCAACAAACACGGCGGCUGUUUCCAAGUUGGGAGAAUGUAUUUCGGCAUGAAAGCUGCUCAACAGGAUUACUCGCAACAGCAAAUCGAGGAGUGCUGGAAUGGCAAGCAUGUCGAUUCUCAGCUGUCUGAACUCUUCAAUUCCACGUUCUCUCAUGUACUCUCGAUCCUUGAGCCGCUGAUCACGAUGUUCCCCCGUCCAACAGAAAGAACCUUUGACACUCAUGAGAUGAUGAGCAUUCUCAAGACUCGCUGCGGAGUGCCAGGGAGCGACGCUGCUACCCUGAGCCUCUCAGUCGAUCAGUUGAUGGUAGCGCGAUUCUGGAACGAGGCCCUGGUAUUUGCCACGCAUCGCACAGAGUGUGGUGUCAUGGACAAAUUCUCAUCGUAUGUAUUUGAAUCAAGCGAGGAUCAUGUUAUGUCUUUCGAACUGGCAUUCGCACUUCAAGUUCAUCUUGACGUGUUCCAUAUCAUGCGGGACGACCUACCACGAGGCUCAUCGGAGUUCUACAAGCAUGCGAAGGACUUGAGAGACCAACUCCAGGCUUUUGUUACCAGUCUCUCUCGUCCAGGCUCGCCCCUCGGUCCUCCAAACGUCGGUGAGAGUGUUUGUCGACUUAUCCAGCAUUUUGACAAGAUCUUGGUAUACUGUGACCCCCAAGGAGAACGUACGAAGCCAGAAGAAGGAACCAGACACGAAGGCAAAGGUACAUUCGAGAUCUUCGAGAUCUUGCCAGCGUUUUCUGGUCUUUAUUUAUUUCAUGCCAGAGUCGAUGUGGCUGAUAUGGCACUGAGGCUUGUCAAAGAUGCUGAAGUAAUGAUAGUUAUGGUUCAUUUGCACAACGCCAUGGAACAACUUCAGAUGCUCAAGGCACCGUGGGUGGACAUGGGAUCGUUUCAGAACUGCUUCGAGGAGCACGAUCUGUUUUUCAUGGCCAAGCCUAAGAAACGCAGCGACUUCCUCAAACACGUCCUAAUCCAGCUUGGUUGUCCACCAUCUGUUGUAAAAUACCCUCAUAGAGGACGCAGUCGGAGGGAACCACGACAAAUGUUCAAGUCAUUUACCCCUGAAAUUCAGGGUGUAGCUCCCGUGUCCAUGAUAUUCGCCGGGAUAGUCCACAAACGUCUCAUCCCCAAUCUAUCAGACGAUGAGUUGGCUUAUAUUCUAUCUGCUAGCCUAUAUAAGGAGGCGACCGCCGAUAAUGGUGCAGAUGCCCUCGUCCCCCUCGACUCGGGAGAGAGAAAGAAAGCUAAGAUUCGCUUCACCAAGCCCAAGUCUAAAGACCGGCAGCAAAUCACACAGAUUUCUCCCGAUCAACAGCUCGAUCGAUGCGCGUCAACACUAGAUGCCCUAGACUUGAGAAUUGAUCCCCUUGGGCCGACGCUCGAUGUCAUGCUAAAGAUUAUUUCGCUAGCCACCGUGCAUGAGGUUGUGCCUCUUCGUGAGGCAGCCGAAGUCAUUCAGGAACAUAUCAGCAACAAGACAGCGAUUAUGACUGAGAAGAUCGCAAAUGUUGGGGCUUUUGAUUUGAUACCCAUACCAAACUUCGAGCUGUACAAGAUCCCUCGGCCAAUUUUUAUCGAGGUCAUUGCGGAACCUGACGAAAAUGAGGAAAUCACCAUUCCUUUCGAGGAUAGCGACUCGUCAUCCGGAGAAAUGGAGGAAAUAGAUGAGGCCUCUCACGAAAAGGUUGGUGAGAGCAGUCAGAGCUCUGUGAUUCAGUAA